AUGGUGUCACCGGCGGUUCGCAGUGUCAGCUAUGUGGUGUUUUUGGUGCUGAUCGCUACCGUAGUGAACAGUGCACCACAGAAGAAGUUCCCCUUCACGAGGCCACGUUUGGCCGCCCCGGAGCCGGAAGAAAAGACGAAUGCUGAAGAGGCGGCAACUUCCGAGGAAGCUGCAUCACAGGAAGCUAGCGACGAGUCGUUGGAGAAGAUUCAAGCCAAAUCCGCCCAAUACGCGUAUGACACGUCCGUGAAUGAUACCAUCAACGAUCAUACGAUCAUGCGCCAGGAGGAACGGAACGGACUGGCGCUGAAGGGCAUGUACUCGUACAGUGACGGCUUCUUCAAGCGUACCGUUCACUACGAAGCCGACGAUAAGGGGUACCGCGUGGUGAAGGAGAUUAACAUCCCGAUCGGCAAUGGACCGCAGGUCGAUCCGAAUGGAAAGGCUGAUGUAUCAUCCUCACUGACGGGCUCGUACUCAAUUACUGCCGAUGACAUUGCCAAACCGAAGCGCAAAGGAGUGCCGGCGUCUCAGGAAGCAGCGUCGGAAGAAGCAGCGGCUUCGUCGGAGGAAGUACAGCCGGAAGAAGAUCCAAUUGAAUCGGAUGAGGAUGAAAAGUAA